AUGCAGGACCCCAAAGGGAACCGAAUUGCACAGUGGCUGAAUGUUACACCUGUGGGAGGCAUCGUGGAUCUGUCCUUCCCUCUGGCUGCAGAAGCACAGGUUGGAGAGUACACCAUCAAAAUGCCUGACCGCACACAUACCUUCAGGGUAGAGGAGUAUGUCCUGCCCAAGUUCAGUGUCUCCAUCCAGAUGCCUCAGGUGGUCACCAUCUUGGAGGAGAACUUCCGUCUCCACAUUUGUGGCAUGUACACGUAUGGGAAACCAGUCCAAGGUAGUGUGAAGGCUGUGGUGUGCCGUAAACAUAUCCGCUAUAAUCGGAAGUCUUCCAAAGCCAAGCGCGGUAUUUGUAAGGAUUACACUGGCGAGAUGUAUUUAAAGGAAGAAGCAUCUGUAGGCAAGCUAACUAUUGCAGAUUUGCCUACAAAACAGACAAACAAGGAUGGCUGCUUUGCCACUGAGGUGAAUAUUAAGAUCUACCACCAGAAGCGUGGUGACAAUUAUGAUUUCAACCUGGAAGCUGUGGCUUUUCUGAAAGAAAGUGGAACAGGGGUGGAGUUUAAUGCCACUGAAAACUGCAAGGUCACUUUUGAUAUUACAACUCUCCAGUUCUGGGGGACAAGCUACUACUAUCAGCAAGGAGCUCCCUACUAUGGAAAUCUGGAACUCAAAAGUGCCAAUGGGACACACAUGAAGAACAAGGAGGUGAUUCUUACAGUGUCCUAUGGUAGCAGGAAGCAGACCAAGACCUACUUCACGGAUGAUGCUGGGAUGGCCUCUUUCACCUUAGAGACAUCAGCAUGGGGCAACAGCAGUAAAGUUCUGCUACAGGCAAAGACCCAGCCGGAUGAUUUAAGCGGUCGAAAUGUGAAGGUGUCUUAUGGCACUGCAUCCCUCACACUGAGGGCCUUCUACUCUUCCAGCUGCAGCUCUGUGAGGAUCCAGCCAGUGCAGGCAAUGCUGCCCUGCAGGGAUGUGCAGGAGGUCACUGUGCACUAUCGCAUCCUAGCCACAGAGCUGGGGGACGGGGCUGCCAGAGCAGACUUCUACCACCUGGUUUUGGCCAGAGGAUCCCUUGUGCAUCACGGCCAAACAACAGUGCUUCUUGAUCCACCAUUAGGUCAGUUUAAUGGGACUUUCAAUGUCACACUGCCCAUUGACCUUAUUUCACCCAUGGCUACCCUCUUUGUUUACACUGCCUUCCCUGAGGGACAGGUGGCAGCUGACACCUUCAGUCUGAAAGUCUCCAAGUGCUUCAAGAACCAUGUGAAGCUUGGCUUCUCAGACUCUGUGGCUCUCCCAGGAUCAGCUGUCCAUCUCCAUUUGCAUGCUGCACCAGGCUCCCUAUGUAGUAUCCGUGCUGUGGACCAGAGCAUUCUUCUCCUGAGGCCAGAGGCUGAGCUAUCCAGGGAUAGUGUAUACAAUAUGUUCAGCUAUUCUGAGGAGCAUCCCAGCACCCUCACAGACUCUUACAGUGACUACUGUACUAUCCACAAGAGCCCAGGAAUCAUCGGUUCUCCUCAGACCACCCUUCCAACAGGAACAAUGUCACCGUUCAUGUACAACAGACACUCUUAUGCAGUGUCCCAACCAGAUAUUUAUGAACUUCUGAAGAAUUCAGGUCUAACAUUUUUAACCAACCUUAAAAUCAAGUCUCCAAUUGAGUGCCGCACCCAGACCACUUUCUACUACGACUACAUGUCUUAUGGCGAGCUGGCAGACUUGGACAACUUGGACCCAGAAACAGAUGCUGCUGUUGAACGUGCUGAGUCAGAGCAUGUUGAGCUGGGUAGCGAGGCAGGGCCAGUACGUACCUGGUUUCCAGAGACAUUCAUCUGGACUCUGGUUCCUAUCAAUGAUUCAGGGGCUGCUGAUCUAGCUAUCACAGUACCUGACAGUAUCACAGACUGGAGAGCCAUGACCUUCUGCACCUCAGAGAGCCAUGGGUUGGGAAUCUCAGAGACCGCCAGCCUGCAGAGCUUCAAGCCCUUCUUUGUGGAACCCACUUUGCCCUACUCUGUCUUCCGGGGAGAGUCAUUUCCCCUGAAAGUCAAAGUCUUCAGCUACUUGAAGCAGUGCAUGGUGCUCCAGCUUAGCCUAAAGGACUCCACGGAUUUUGAAUUUGUGCAUGCAAAUGUCAAGUUCACUAUUUGUCUGUGUCCUGAUUCAGCAAAAACAUUUUUCUGGGAUGUGAAGGCUACAAAAUUAGGUAAGGGGACAAGGAAGGGGCAGGAGUGGGAGGCACUGGCAGAGCUGCUUGAGGAAACCAGAGCUGGGCUGGAAGGGAAUGGCCUAUUAUGCGAAGUGGACGUUGAGCAGCCCUAG